AAAUCUCCGAGAAGGAGACAUCAUGGUGCCUAAUCAAAGGAGCGCCAUUCUUGGGAAUCAGUUCAAGUGGAAUAUUCCUGUCCCCUUUGAAAUGAGUGUGAAUCUCAGUUUGAACUAUAAAGGAGUCAUUUUGAGAGCCCUUGAGCAAUUCAGACUGAAAUCAUGUAUUGACUUUAAGGCCAGAACAGCAGAAGACAUUUCUUACAUCUCUGUGGAGAGUCUUGAUGGGUGUUGGUCAUAUGUUGGUCACAGAUUUGCAGGAGCUCAGACUCUUUCCAUUGGAAUUGGUUGUGGAUCAAAAGCCUAUGUUGAGCAUGAGUUUCUCCAUGCACUGGGAUUUUUUCAUGAGCAGUCAAGAUAUGACAGAGAUGAUUAUGUGACCAUCAACUUCACAAACAUCAUUACAGGGUAUGAAAACAGUUUCAGUAAAUUCAGUGAGAAUCUGACCACCACACAGGAUACACCAUAUGACUACUUCUCUGUAAUGCAUUUGGAUAAAAAUACCUUCAGCAACGGUAAUGGAUACACAAUCAUUACCAAGCGUCCUGAGUUCCAAGAUGUGAUUGGUCAACGCCUGGACAUGAGUGAAUAUGAUGUGAUUGAACUCAACAAACUCUAUAAAUGCAAUUCAUCCAUCUCUUUCCUUGAUCACUGUAGUUUUGAUGAUGAAUCUCUGUGUCAGAUGAGCGUCUGUUCUGCUGCUGAUUAUGGCUGGCAGACAGUAAAGUCAGUGAGUGGGAUCAAUGUGACUGACCACACAAACUUGGGCAAAGAACAAAAUGGUGUGUCAUUCUUCAUGCACUUCAGCACUAAAGGUAGAAAUGAGGGGGAUGCAGCCAGAACGGAGAGCAAGAAAAUGACCCCUAAAAGAGACUGCAAAGUCCAGUGCCUGCAGUUCUACUACUAUCACAGUGGUAAUGUGUCUGACCAGCUCAACAUCUGGAUCCGAGAAUACCAGAAUGAAGCAGACAGCAUAGGAACUCUCAGACUUAUGGAUCAGAUCAUAGAACCCCCUGGGAAUUACUGGAAGCUUCAUCAUGUGCCACUGAAUGCAAAUAAAACUUUCCAGGUUGUAUUUGAAGCCCGUAAAGGAGCUGGAAACUCCAAUGGAGGGUUUUCACUGGAUGAUAUCAAUAUUUCAGAGACCGAGUGUCCCCACACAUGGCAGAUAAGAGACUUUGAGAAGGUUUUGAAAAACAGUGUGUCUGGUAAUAGGAUGUACAGUCCAUUGUAUUACUCCAGUGAAGGUUAUCGUUUUCAGGCUCUCUUAAAAGUGUAUCAGAAUUACCUUUCAAUAUAUGUUGGUCUGGUAUCCGGUGCAUAUGAUGAACAGUUGCAGUGGCCUUGUUAUUGGAGACAAAUAACCUUCCAGGUGCUUGACCAGAAUCCACACAUACAGAAGCGCAUGUCCUCUGAGAAAAGCUUCACAACUGACCCUGCUUUAGUUUCUUCCUAUGGCAGAAAUGACUGGGACAGUCCUCGAAAUAAUGGAACUCGAGUUGUCAUUGGCAAUGAGACUGUAUAUGUUGGUAUUUUUUGGGGAUAUCAAUAUGCCAUAAUGAAAGAAGAUCUCCCUAAAAGAGAGUUUAUCAAGGGUGGUGACAUCAUCCUUCUCUUUACCAUGCAAGAUAUCUCAGUGCUCCGUAAGAACAACACUCUACCCUGCCCUAAAGUGACUGUGAAGAACUUCAAGACUUCCUUUGAUGCAUCUGUCAAGCGGCGACCAUGUGCUACAAGUGAUUGUCUGGGCAUAUUUUCCACUUCCAGUACUUCCUCUCUGAUUAUAUUGGUGGUUUGCUUCCGUUUGCUGGUAAAUUAAUCCUGAGAUUUUGUCUGACUACAUGAAUUCAAUUUAAAAGCAACUGCAUCUGUCUUCAGCCUUCUGGUAUAUUAUACUGUUAAACCUUUAUUUGAAUUUAAUGAGA